UUUUUUUUUUUUUGUUACAGAAGAUGACAGAGCAUUGCGACUUGGCGGUGGUGCGCAGAGUUCCAUCCUCGUUCUUUGAGGCAUUGCGCAUGGACGAACCCGAGCAUGCCAUUGACGUUGCCAAGGCAAAGGAACAGCACGAUCGUUACGUCCAAACACUCAAGGGCAUCCUUCCGACAGUGCUGGAGGUGGCUGCGGACGAGGCAUGCCCGGACUGCAUGUUCAUUGAAGACACGGCGGUUGUCAUUGGAGCGACCGCUGUCAUUACCCAGCCUGGCGCCCCAUCGCGGCGACCAGAGACCAGGCCGGUUCGGGACGUCUUGUCUGGCCUCGGACUGACUAUCGUCGACAUGUCUGCAGUGAAUCCUGAUGCUCUGACGGACGGUGGAGAUGUUCUAUUCACUGGUCGCGAGCUGUUUGUCGGACUCUCAAAGCGAACCAAUGCCGCCGGUCUCGAAGUGCUAAAGAGCACGUUUGAGGUUCUCGGCGUCCCAGUGUACGGCGUCUCUGUCAUCGAGGGCCUGCAUCUCAAGAGCGUUGUCACCUUUGCCGAUACCGAUGUGCUGGUCGUUGCAAACAAUCGAGCGGGACUGGCUGCAUUCGAGACAAUCAGGCAGCUUUCGAAAUUCACGUACACGGGCAUUGUUGUGCCCGAAGCCGCAGCCGCCAACGUUGUGCGAGCUGGUAACACGCUGCUGGUACCCUCUGGCUGCGCUGCGUCCGAGCAAUUGCUCUGCGACCGCCUUUCUGCCGCCAUCACCAUCGUGCGGGUGGAGAACAGCGAGGGUGCCAAAGCCGAUGGCGCUCUGACUUGUUGUUCGCUGCUAAUCCGCAAGCCUGUGAAAUAAACCGCGGUCAGUCCAUG